AUUAAUAUAUUUUAAAAAUGAGAAAGCACUACGCUUAUUUAUUAGUCUAAUGCUGUUUGUAUAAGCAGCUGGUCGACAUUAAAAGCGUACUGUCUAUUUCGAAAACAAAACUAGAGUAGUUGAAUACAAAUUAUGUAUUCAGUCCUUAUAUUUAUUGAAAUAUCUGCUUUAAUGUUUCAAACCCUUCACAAAACCUUCGUCGCUAAAAAAUUGCAUUUGUCCGGCCCUUUGGUACGAAAUUUUGGCGAUAGUUUAAUUUUGUGGGGAACAGUUUUAAAUUGUUUCGAUGGCUCGGGACCUUUUUUGUUUCUUUCUCUUAAGAAUUAAUUUUUGCGAUGCUUAGAAGUUGCAUUUAGACUUCCUUUGUUUACCUGUUAACCAACAUCCGAAUGUUAAACAAAACUGCCGUUGUCGUUUUAAAUAACUCAAUGAAAUAUGGUGGGUGGACGGAGUAGCUUUCUUUAUCACAAUCAACAGUCACCAACAAAAUUCUAUGCUUCGCAUCAAAACUAUUUAUUAUUGCUGUUAAGUUUCAUUCGAAUGAUUUUUUUGAAUUUGAUAUUUUUUCACGGAACUUUUUAUAUAGGGGAACUUAAUUUUGCGUCACCCCGUAAGAAAAUUUGCAAAACUUAAGUGCUGCACUUGGCAUCACGAUAUUUACAUGACAUUUCUGACGUUCGACUUUUGGGUGAAAGUAAGUCUAGAAAGCUGUAGGUAAGGAACAGUUUUGAGGUGUUGCUUCAAGUCUCUCAAACUGGGUAAGUCUUGAAGUCUUCUUUCUGUGUUUUUUCUUUUAUACGCUACAUUUUAUGCCUCAAAAUGAAUUUGUGUCGGUGGGUGUAUGUGCUCUCUCACAACUUACACAAACAUAUUACUAAAUGAUGGACCAAUGGUAAUUUGCAAAUUGCUUAAUUAAAACACAUAAUAUUCAGCGAAGUUCAGCUGCAGAUAGUUAAGACCACCUUAAGUUUAUAUAAAAGCGCUGGUGAACAAAUUAGUAACUUCAAAGGAGACUGCGUUAAUUACAAUUCGAAAUUUAGUGGCGUUUGAAACUGACAGACCAUGGCCAGCAAUUUUUCCAUGGACUGUGACAAAGAGAGAUUUUGCUUAAACGAAUCAGGGAUGAAUUGCACCUCUGAUCGUUGGCAUGAUAAUAGCCGUGGUUUGAAGACUACGAAAUUUGUUGUCUUGAUAACUUUCCAUGUAAUUGUGGCCGUCGCAGCCCUUUUCGGCAACUACCUCAUGCUCCGAGCGUUUCACAAAUUUCAAAAUCUUCGAACUGCGUCAAAUGUAAUCUUAGCGAGUUUGUCCAUUGCUGAUGGAUUGCUUGGGAUUCCGUCCAUCCUAGAUAUCAUGCACUUGAGUCUAUCCGUUGGAACUGAGCAUAGGUCUGGUAUUCUGAGAAAAAUAAGUGCGAGUUCCACCUUCCUUCUCAUGUCAGUUAUCAUUCUUCACCUCGCCUUAAUCAGUUUGGAACGGUCCAUCGCCGUGAGGUUUGCCUUAAGAUACCACAUUAUAGUAACCAACCGCCGAGCACUGAUCGUUUCUAUCGCCAUGUGGCUGUGGGCUGUGGUCGUUAUCAUUGUUUUCCCAAAGGUCCUUAAAGCCUCCAGCGACGAUUUCGAACAGCUUCGCCAGGCGAUGAAUCCAUACAGUGAAACCCACAAAGGACCCCCAAAUGACGGCCCUCCUCCAUUAACCGAGGGAUACCUCGUAUUCCAAAUGAUAACACUGUUGGUUAUCCCCCUCUUUAUCAUUCUUUGCUCCUACUCCUAUAUCUUCAUCGUGUUGAACAGGCACAGGAAGCAGAUUAGAAAGCAAGCUGACAUCUCAGGACUACCGCAACGAAUCAAGCAUGAAAUGAAAGGUGCCCGCACUUUCGCCGUGGUGAUAGCAGUGUGUCUUCUGAGUAUCAUACCUUUGUUGGUUGUGACAUGCCUUCGCUUUUUUGGGAAGCUGUCAGAGUGUGACCAUCCAAAACGGAAGCAUUAUAAGUUUAUAUUUUACAAUGUGGCAAUUGGCUUGAACGCCAUCUGCAAUCCUCUUAUUUACGGAUGGAAAAAUAAAGAAUUCAGAAGAGCUUUUGUUAAAGUGCUGAAGUGUGCUUAG